AUGGAUAAAGGUCAACUGAAUUCUGUAGUGUUUCUUGAUUUGGCCAAGGCAUUUGAUACGGUGGAUCAUGAGAUUUUGUUGAGCAAACUUCAGAUUUAUGGAGUUGAUUCAAUGAGUCUCAAUUGGUUUAAAUCGUAUCUAUUUGACCGAAAACAAAAAUGUAAUGUAAAUGGUCUAGUAUCGAGUGAGCGCUUGUUGCUAUGUGGGGUACCUCAAGGAUCUAUUCUUGGUCCUUUGCUAUUUCUUGUUUACAUUAAUGACCUUCCUUCUUGUCUGCAACAUUCUACAGCACGAAUGUAUGCGGAUGAUACAAAUAUAACUACAACUGGAAAGUCGAUAAAGGAAAUAGCAUCUGGAGCCAAUACAGAUCUUGAAAAUAUUCGCAUAUGGCUCAAAGCAAAUAAACUUACCCUGAAUGUUACUAAAACGGAGUAUAUGUUCAUUGCGUCUGACAGUAAUCUUGACAAACUGCGGGACAUACCAUAUUUAGUUUUGGGUGGAAAACCCAUAAGAAGAGUUAAAGUAUCAAAAUCACUAGGGAUAUUUAUUGACGAAAGAUUGUCAUGGAGAGAUCAUAUUGAUAAAAUCUCUAAGACCAUAUGUUCCGGAAUUUCCGGUCUUCGGCAAGUGAGAGAGUUUGUUACCCUUUCAACAUUACUUACAAUAUAUAAUUCACUAAUUCAACCAAUAUUUGACUAUUGUGAUGUUGUUUUGGGUAACAUGUAAAUCACACUUGCUCAACGACUCCAAAAACUGCAAAAUCGUGCAGCAAGAGUUAUCACUCGUCAGGGUUAUGAAGUAAGAUCUAAUGAUAUUAGAAGUCAAUUGAAAUGGAAAACACUUUCCGAAAUAAGGAAUAGUCAUAAACUCAUAAUGAUGUAUAAAAUAUUAAAUAAUAUGGAUCCUGUUUACUUACGUGACCAUUUUAAAAUGUCUUUCACGGACCAAGCUUAUUCUCUUAGAAAUAGAAAACUAUGUCUAAUUUUGCCAAGAGCACAAACAGAAUUCCUAAAGAAAAGUUUUGCCUUUUCUGGAGCAAAAGUUUGGAACGAACUACCAGAAGAAGUAAAAUGUAGCAAUAGUUUACAAAUCUUCAAAAAAUGUAUCUCAUCUCCUGCCUAAAAUUGUACAUAGCUAUUUUUAAUAUAAUGUCGGCCCUCUUGUAAAGCAGUGGUAUCACUGAAGAGUUCACCGAAUUUAAAUAAAAAUAUUUCUGUCUGUCUGUCUGUCUGUCUGUCUGUCUGUCUGUCUGUCUGUCUGUCUGUCUGUCUGUCUGUCUGUCUGUCUGUCUGUCUGUCUGUCUGUCUGUCUGUCUGUCUGUCUGUCUGUCUGUCUGUCUGUCUGUCUGUCUGUCUUUCUGUCUGUCUGUCUUGAACAGCUUUACACCUAUUUCAAUGAAAACAACCUGUUACACAAGAAUCAAUCAGGCUUUAGGAAGUGCCACUCUACUAUGACUGCACUAAUUAAUAGAUGCCAUUAUUGAAUGGCUUGCAAAUAUGGAUCAGGGAAAGCUUGAUGCGGUUGUCUAUAUUGAUCUAGCGAAGGCAUUUGAUACUAUAAGUCACGAGAUAUUACUCGAGAAACUCCACAUUUACGGGGUUGAUACAAAUACUUUAUCCUGGUUUCAAUCCUACUUACAAGAUCGCAAACAAAAAUGGUAUGUGAAUGGCGUUCUAUCCGGCGAACGUACCAUUAAUUGUGGUGUGCCUCAGGGGUCAAUUCUUGGACCGUUAUUGUUUCUCAUAUAUAUCAACGAUCUUCCUCAGUGCAUGUUUAAACAUUCUACAGCUCGAAUGUACGCUGACGAUACAAACAUAACAACGACAGGAACAUCUAUUCGAGAAAUAGUAACACAUGCUAAUGAUGACUUAAAUAAUAUAAGUGACUGGCUGAAUUCGAAAGCAAACAAACUCAGCCUCAACGUGACCAAAUUGAGUACAUGUUCAUUGUAUCAGAUCAAAAUUUUGAUAAGUUAA